UAUAUAUAUAUAUGAGUAAUAAUUAAUGAAUUGUUAAAGAAUUAGAGCUUGAAUAGAUGUUUGUCUCCCUUUCAUAACUUAGGAGUUAUGUCUCGCUUUCAGCAGGAAGACGAAUUAAGGUUAGGUGGAAGGAAAGGAAUGCGACUAGGGAAAUAUGAAAUUGGGAGGACACUUGGUGAGGGUAAUUUUGGUAAAGUUAAAUAUGCAAAACAUGUUGACUCUGGUCAAUCAUUUGCAAUUAAGAUUUUGGAGAAGAGUCGAAUUCUUGAUCUCAAGUCUACUGAUCAGAUUAAGAGGGAGAUUGGAACUUUAAAAAUCCUCAAACAUCCUAACGUGGUCCGAUUAUACGAGGUCUUAGCGAGCAAAAGCAAGAUUUACAUGGUGCUAGAAUACGUGAAUGGUGGUGAAUUAUUUGACAGAAUUGUUUCCAAAGGAAAACUCCCAGAGGCCCAAGGUAGGAAGCUUUUCCAACAAUUGGUUGAUGGCGUUAGUUACUGUCACGACAAAGGUGUCUUCCACAGAGACCUUAAGCUAGAAAACGUCCUCAUUGAUUCAAGGGGAAACAUAAAAAUAACGGACUUUGGGCUCAGUGCUUUACCCCAACAUUUUAGGGAUGAUGGAUUGUUGCAUACCACUUGUGGUAGUCCAAACUACGUCGCUCCAGAAAUUCUUUCUAACAGAGGAUACGAUGGUGCUACAUCAGAUACCUGGUCAUGUGGUGUCAUCUUAUAUGUCAUUCUCACAGGCUAUUUACCCUUCGAUGAUAGAAAUCUUGCAGUACUUUAUCAAAAGAUACUUAAGGGGGACGUUCAUAUACCAAAAUGGCUAUCCGCAGGAGCAAAGAACAUCAUAAAGAGGAUUCUUGAUCCCAACCCACAUACACGUAUAACAAUGGCACAAAUCAAAGAAGAUGAAUGGUUCAAACAAGACUAUACUCCUGUAAAUCCCGACGAAGAAGAUUUGGAAGAUGAUGAUCAUGCAUCUACAGAUGAUCAAGUCUUCACUGUGCAAGAAACACCACUUGAUGAUCAAAGAGAUCCAGAAAUUAUCAACGCCUUUCAGCUAAUAGGAAUGUCCUCGUGUCUGGAUCUUUCUGGAUUUUUUGAGAAAGAGGAUGUUUCUGAGAGGAAGAUCAGAUUUACAUCCAGUCUCUCUCCAAAACAGUUGCUGGAGAGGAUUGAGAAUAUGGUGACACAGAUGGGAUUUCAUGUCCAGAAAAGACACGGAAGGUUGAAAGUGAUGCAAGAGCAGAAAGGCCACAAAAGCCCGACCAGUCUGUUGGUAGUCGCAGAGGUUUUCGAGAUUAGUCCAUCCUUGUAUGUUGUAGAGUUACAAAAGUCUUCCGGGGAUUCUGCAGUAUAUAGACAGUUGUGUAAUAGGUUGUCGAAUGAUUUGGGAGUCCACCAAAGUCAGGAGCUUCCUAGCUACUGAUUUGUUGUGAAAGCUGGACCAUUUGCAGCGGUGACUAGAUACAUUCUUUCGUUCUUUUUAUUCCGUUUCUUUUCCUCUUCCGUCUUUAGAGGAGUUGAGUGGUGGGAGGUGUUGUGAGUAGUAAGCACCCCCUUGGGGUUGGCUGUUUGAUUCAUCAGUUUCACGAGCAAUAGCGUGAGAUUAAGGCAAAUAGCACUGGUUCGAUUAAGUGUACAGUAAAGGAACAUGGCGAUACUCGCCUUAUCAAUUAGUACAUUCAGGUAAAUGUGUAUUUUUGUAGUAUCUAUUAUUUAGAGGAGCUUUGCUCUUAGAGGGGCUUUGAUGUCUCCAGGCAGAUGUCCUCUUUGGAAAAUGGCAGUAAGUCGCCUUGUCGAUUAGUACAUUAAGCAAAAUAUGUAUUGUGUAGUAUCCAUUAUUUGGAGCUUGGUCUUUACAAGGACUUUGAAGUCUCCAAGCAGAUGUCCUUUUUGAAAAAGAUGUAAUAAAAAGCUUUGCACAUGGUAUCCUCUGA